AUGGCCACUGUGAACCUCGAAGAGAUCAGAAGAAAAUACAACUUCAAGCAAAUCUCUGUAGCAACAUGGCGGGACCCAAGAAGUAGCACUAUUCCUGCCAGAGGUGGACCAUCGGCGCCCAUGUACUCGGCGGAAGCCAUUUCGAAGCCGUACAUUCCCACGUACAAAGUCAAGUAUAAGCUACCAGAACCUACAGAUGAUGAGGCAUCCGAAGAUGAGCAAGCAGCGCCAGCGCCAAAGGGAGAGAUUGAAGAGCCUGCUGCAGAUGCGCCUGUCGACUCUCCUCUGGAGCCACCUAUGCCGCAGGUAGACGUAGUCGAGGAUCCUGCUCCUCCACCCCCUCCAGAAAUCGAUCCACCAGGGACAGUAGAAGAUGCGCCACCAAUUGCUGCUGACGACGGAGAGGACACACAGGAUGCUAACCCUGCUGGAGAAUCUAUCCACAUCCCUGAGCUGCUCGCUGAUCCGCUAGCCACCCUUGAAGGCCCUUUGGCUGCUCUGCCUGAUGUUGCUCCCCUUGAAGACAUCGACGAAAACUCCCUGAGUGCGACCCCAGAGAACACACUAUCCGUGGACGAUGUUCAAGAUGAUCUACAACUAUCAGAGCAUAUCGAAGCACCAUGGCCGCCAUCACCGCCACCGAUCGACACAUACCCUGACAUCUCGGAGCACGUCGACUUCCUCGACCUAGCUGAACCCUACCCGAUACCUGCUCUACAUCCGGUCGAUCUGGUUAUCAUCGACCCAGCUCAAGGAAUGCCAGGAGCUUUCGACGCACCGACUUUUGAUACCGGACCUGUACCAGGAAGUCCUGACAAAUCAGUACACUUUGCUCCUGGCACUCCCGAUCCCAAGCCCACUGUGCGAAAGAAAAAGUCUACGAAAGGCACCAAGAGUAAAUCGAAGAAGCGAGUCGAGGUACAGAUCGCAAGUCUGCCAGACGAUAUCCUUGCAAUCGUUGAUGGGGACAUACAAGACAAUUUAAUUCCUGUUCCUGAGACGCCAAUGAUCGUGCCAGCCCUAGUCGAUUCUGAUGAACAUCCUGUGGAAGAGGCUCUCACUGACAUUGAUGCGGUCGAAGCCACACCGGUCAUAGAUGCCGGGAAGGAGCCCGAGUCUGCCGCUAUGGUACCUGUCGUUGAUGAGGCACCAGCUGCAGACCCGCCUGCCGUCCAGACCGAGGAAGUGACAUCCUCGAAGAAGAAGGAUAGCGCUAGGAGCUCGUCUAGAAAUAAGGACAAGGCCAAGAAAAAGAACUCAAAAUCCAAGGCGGCGAAGGACAGAGUGCCUGUGGCUGCAGCAGGGUUAGGCAUCGAACUCGCUCUUCCAUCUGACCCACCAGCUGUCCUUGAUCUAGACGAUAUCCUCAAUAAUCUACCACCGCCGCCGCCGCCGCCGCCGCCUGGAGCGGAAGCUGCUGUCGAAGGACCUGCCGUCGAAGAAUUUGCUGAAGUGCCCAGUGAGGCAGAGACUAAUGUUGCUGCUUCCUUUGCGGCUGAUGAGAUACCAAAUGCCGACUCUGCUGUGGAUAAAGAUAUGCCUGUACAACACAUACCCGCGGAUGAUGCAGACAUUCUGGGAGCUUCACAAGAAGACGCAGCCAGCUUGAACGGCCAAGAACCCGACAUUUGCGCCCCGGCUCCAACAUCGGAGCCAGACGACAUAGUGGGUCUGGAGCAAGAGGUAGGCCCUGCAGCUUCGGUAGAGGACGGCGAGCAGCAUGAUGUCGAGGACGUACAGCCGCCUGGCGAAACGGAGAAGGACGUGGGACAGACUGUUGGUCCGGCAGAUAUGAGCGCUGAGAUCUACUCAAGCCACAGCGAGGAAUUGCAUGAAGCUGUGGACUGUACGACAGUGGAGAUAGGUGAUGUUGCAGGGGUGCCUGUGGUAGUCGACGACGAGAUCGCGGCAGCAUGGGACGACCGCGAGGAGGCUGAAGACGAACUAGAUCUGGCUGAAUCUGGGUUGGUGGACGAUCACGCGGACGAGGAUGACAGUCCGAGUGGUGCUACUACUGAUGAACUUGAGGGUUUGCAUGAGCCAGCUGUCGAUUCGGUGGAAGACGCGGCCUCGGAGGUAGAGAUCGAGGAUAUUGAAGACCUCCAGGCUCGCUCGCCUGAGUCUGCAGUUGCGGAUGUAGUUGAACAGACGGGUGACAACGAGGAACCCCUCAUCAGUCCAGAUAUUGUGGAGGAGAUUGGAGUCAACGACGAGCAGCUUCCUGAUGUCACUAUCGGUACUGCUGAUAACGCGGCCGAUACACAGCCAGCAGUCACAGCAAUAGAUACUCCUGCCGCGCUAGAAGCCGACAGACUCGGUUCGCCGGCUGAAGCAGGGUGGGAUGAUCCAUCAGGAGACGACAUAAGUAUAGGCGAUGGACUCUCUGAAGUCGAGGUUGUAGUAGACGAUGACAAUGCUCCUGACCAGCCGGAGAUUAACACCACCUGCGAGCAUAUUGACGAAGGCGGAGCUGGAGAUGUGCUUGAUGAGACAGAUCCCGAACCACCAGUCAGUUUGCCUGUGCUCAAUGAAGGCCAAGAUACCAAAGUGGAGGUUCAAGGCGUGACCGAAGAGUCGGCAGGGCAGGAAGACUCAUUUCAAGCUGAUGAGCCCGUUGCAGAUCAAAUUGUAGCUGCAGAGUCUCAGGUCGAAGCUAUCACCGAUGGUGAAAAUGAGAUGACACAGCUACUUGAUAUUGAACAGAGAGAAGACGCUGAGGCUGAUAACGAGCCUCCACCUGCCGAAGUCCUGGAUGCAGGGUCAGAUGCAGCAGCGAAAGAGGUUCCGGCUGCUGCUGAGGCAAUACCAGAGCCUGCUAUCGAGGACAAGAAGCCUGGAAAAGUCGAUGCGCCUCCUGCAGCGCCGCCUUCUCCUAGCUUGAGCAAGAGUAGCUCCCAUAAACAACGAGCCGACUACUGGGCCCGCAGACCUGCUAAAAGACCCUCCACAGCCGACUCGAAGGCAAGCAAGUCAGAGAAACCAGGAUCUAGCAAGCGUAGUAGCAAGUCCAGUGGCGAUGCUUCGCAGGGAAAGAAUCGUGAGAAGUCAUCCCGUUCGUCACGGCGAUAUUCAAUAUCUGCAGAAGAAGAGGAGGAGCGCCGCAAGCGAAGAGCUGCUCGGAAAGCCGAAGAGGCGGUUCGCGAGACUGCCCGCAUCCAGGAGGUGGAAAGGCAGAAGGCGUAUGAGGAAGAGCUUCGACUGAUCCGGCAUGAAGCUCGUCGUGCCGCUCGCAAAGCUGCGGCUGAAGAGACAGCCAAGCUGAUCCGAGAGGAGGCAGAAGACAUCGCACGAGAAGAGGCAGAGGCUAGACGACGAAGGCGAGAGGCACGGGAGCAAGAGGCGAAGACUUCGAGGUCUAAGCUAGUCAGCCUUCACAAAGCCGGCGUAGUGAAGCUCGCCCCCGAAGCUCGAGGAAAGAGGAUCAUCCAGCAUCAAGACGAGAGGCCUCUCCUGCAGGACAUCGAGAGGAGCCAGUCGUGGACAAUCCUCCUGAGCCAGAACCAGCUCAAGCAGGACCAUCGAGCUCGAACGGCAGUAGCUCGCGGCGUCGCCGACACGUCUCGGAAACAGACCGUCCCAGCACCCGUCGCCGCGAUAGUGAACGGCACAGUCAAAGGCCUCCAGCGCCCGAGAAACCACGAAACUUCUUGA